CAGCGCGCGCGUCUAUGGCACUACUUCUCGGGCGGAAGGACCCGCCAGCAAGGAAACGGAAGCAGGGACGCUUUUCCGGAUGGGCAAUCUGCGUUACCGUCCUCGCGGCCCCACCGACUCCCGCGGCUCCGGAUGCGAGGUUCCGGCGUCGCGGACGCCUUUACACCUGCCCCGCCUGGGGCGCUGUGCUGGGCCGGCGCCCUCCAGUAGAUGGUGCGGCGGCGGCGGCGGCGGCGGCGUCUGCCGGGUCCCCCCGAGCGCUGCCGGAGAGCAACCGUGACCCCCUUCGGCUCCGCCCGCCCGGGCUUCGCGCCAGGCUCUCCGCGCCCUGCCCCGGAGCCCCCCGGUGGCUGCGGGACGGCCGGGCCGGAGCUGCGUCCUGCCGUCGGAGGGAGGAUCCAGCGCGGCGCGCGCCCGCCGGCCGGUCCCCGUGCACGAGCCGGGCGCUCCCGCCGCCGCGCCGCCAUCUUCUCCUCGGCGACCCGCCGGGUGGUUCUUUGUCCACCGCUGCUGCCACGCCGCGGGCCGAGCGCGGCAACGGAGGGCGGCGAGUGCCGCCAGGGGCGCCCCCGCGGGGGGAAGCCAUGUCCCGCCGGAAACAGGCCACCCCCAAUAAAGUCCGCUGGGAGCAGGUCUUGGCUGGGCUGGAGGAGCACAAGCGGCGGGCAGUCAUGAGGAAGAGCCUUCCGGGGCUGCUGGGGGUCCAGCCUCCCGUCAUGGGGCAGGAGCUGCCACCGCCCCCAGGGAAACCAUCCAGCAGCAGUGACAGUGAGGAGGAGACCACCCAGGACGAGGCCUCUUCUCCUGCUUCUGAGGAGGACAGAGCAGGAGCAACUGUGAAGAAGGAACAGGGAUCUGCUGAGCAGCUUGGGCACAGGAAGCAGAUGGGGUUACAUGCUAACCCAGAUGCCUCGAUGGGACUCUCCCGCUGUCCUCUUUGCCAGCUAGAAUGCGGCAGCAGGGAACAGCUUGUGACUCACGUGUAUCAGCACACAGCGGCUGCAGUCAGUGCCAAGAGCUACCUGUGUCCUGUCUGCAGCCGAGCACUCAGCUCCCCAGGGUCGCUGGGUAGGCACCUCCUCAUCCACUCUGAGGACCAGCUGUCCAACUGUGCAGUAUGUGGGGCGCGUUUCACCAGCCACAGUACUUUCAACAGUGAGAAGGUGCCAGAGGUGCUGUCUGGAGAUGCUCUGCCUGUUCCUCCCCAAGAGGGUUCUUCUAGUGCCGAAGAGAAAGCUGCCACUCUCAGCCCUGCUGUGUAUCCUGCUGGCAUCCUCCUUGUGUGCAACAGCUGUGUGGCUUACCGCAAACUUCUGGAAGCUCAAGCCCCUGGGGUGCGCAAGUGGGCCUUGCGGCGGCAGAACGAACCCCUGGAAGCAAGGCUGCAGCGCCUAGAACGAGAACGCACAGCCAAGAAAAGCCGCCGGGACAACGAAACCCCAGAAGAGCGGGAAGUGAGGCGCAUGCGGGACAGGGAGGCCAAGCGCCUGCAGCGGAUGCAGGAGACAGACGAGCAGCGUGCACGGCGUCUGCAGAGAGAUCGUGAAGCCAUGCGUCUCAAACGUGCCAAUGAAACCCCCGAGAAGCGGCAGGCUCGCCUCAUCCGGGAGCGUGAAGCAAAGCGGCUGAAGAGGCGGCUGGAAAAAAUGGACAUGAUGCUGCGUGCUCAGUUUGGCCAGGACCCCUCAGCAAUGGCGGCACUGGCUGCCGAGAUGAACUUCUUCCCGCUCCCUGGGGGAGGUGUGGAAUUGGACGGCCCAUUGCUCAGCAAAAUGUCCUUUGAGGAACCAAGCCCCAGCACGCUGCACUGAGCACUCUGGGCUGGGCUUUUUGUGUGCCAGUGCACCUGGAAUGUGGCCAGCACACCGUUCCGCUCUGUGGGUGCUACAGGUCGCCAUGGAAAUGGCUGGUUGUGGGGAGGAGAAAAUAAAUCACCUGUAUGUGUCCCA